UUUCUGGUGGGGACUGGAACACGCAUUGUAAUUGGUGUAUGACCCAUUGAGCAUGAACAGAUCUGCCCUGUCUGCUUCUGGUACACCACAUAUAUUGUUACAACACUGAAAUGCAGAUCCGAUUUGAUCAAAUGAGGAUGAAGUGAGAUAAUAUUUGUAAAGCCCUUAGUAUAGGGCUGAGGGCAGAGUAGUUGGAUAAUAAGUACUGUUCUGUCCCCAACCCCACCCCUCUUCCUCUGAAAAAGAGAUAAGUGCUUUGGAAUGAUGAAACAGUCCUUCUGUUGCUACUGAGUUGCAAAAGUAGCUGACUACUGCCUUCAAAAAAGAGCAACCCUGACCAUGGUCUCCUUUCUCUUUCUGCAUGCAAAUCAUCGAUGCUGAGAUGGAACCAGCCUUGGAAGAAGUCUUGUAAAUUUGAUAAGUCUCAAAAUCUUGUGUCCCCUGAUUGGUGUUCACUGAGAAUUUCUACAUUGGAUAAGAUGACUAUCUACAAAGUAAAGAACCCUGGCUGGGUUUGUCAGAAGAUAUGGACCUGGUGGGAAUUAUUUAGAUGGUAUGAAGAAAUACAAAAUACCUGCAAACUGCAUCAUAUUUUGAAGUUUUAAGCAUCAACCUUUCAGAAGAAUAGAAGUGACUUUCGCAUCAGGGAACUCUUCCAUGGAGUCCUCCAACCUAGUACUGCAGGGACUGAUGCUCUUCCUGUUACUGUUUCUGAUGGGACAAGCUAAUGUGUAUACCAGGGCAGGAAAAAAACGAUGGAGUGGGGAAGGCACUAGCCCCCACCUGGAAAGUAUCUUCCUGGGCAGAUGCAAUGAGUAUAUCUCCGUGGUGAACCCAGAACUCAGUGAGAAAAACUGUUCAGCAAUAUGGGAAGCCUUUGAAUCUGUGCUCCACAAGGAUCCCUGCUCUGUACUGCCUUCAGACUAUGACCUUUUUAUUAACCUGUCGAGACACUCCAUUCCCAGAGAUAAGUCGUUGUUCUGGGAAAAUAACUACUACCUUGUUAUUGCUUAUGCUGAUAACGCCCGCCGGCUGAUGCCUAUAACUGAUGUGCUAUAUGGCAGGGUAGGAGAUGUCAUCAAUUGGUGUCGACAAGAAAAUGGCUCAGAUUUUGAUUAUCACUCCUGCCCCACAGUAGAAGACUGUGAGAACAAUGCUGUGGACUCCUUCUGGAAGAGAGCAUCCUCACAGUAUGCACAUGAUAGCUCAGGGGUGAUACAUGUUAUGUUGAAUGGUUCAGAGCCAUCUGGAGCCUAUCCAGUAGAGGGGUUUUUUGCAGGUUAUGAGAUCCCCAACUUCCAGAAAGAUAAAGUCACACAAUUUGAGAUCUGGGUUAUGCAUGAAAUUGGAGGACCAUAUUUAGAAUCUUGUGGGGAAGGCAGUGUGAAAAUACUGGAAAGGAGACUGAAAAAUAUGGAGUUUAAAUAUGAAUGCAUUAAUGAUUACAGACCUGUGAAGCUCCUGAAGUGCCUGGACUAUCCUGCCCAUGCUGACUGCAUCUUUAAUUCAGCGGCAGAGUCAACGCAACAAAGAUUCCCAUCUCUUUUUGGAGGAAAAUGGGACCCCAGCCUUAUGUUUUUUCUUUUCCUGACACUGGCUUCAGAAAUUCAACUUUAACUUCUUAAUGAAAUGAGAGAUUUUCUGAGAGUGAUCCACCCCUAAAAGAGACUUUAGGACUGGACUGGGCCCCUGCACAAAACCAUUGAUUUCCUUUUCAUAGCAGAUAAUAACUUAUUGGGAGUGACAAUAGCCUAUAGCUUUGUAUUACCCUUCCCCAUCCAAAUAAUUACUCUCUAAAUCAUGGAGGUUUUAGAUGCCUCAAUUAAUAUACAGACAUUUCCAGAUUUAUUUUUUACUUUUUACUUUUUCAAAUAAAAUUUGUUAUUUUUCUAGC